GGAAGAAGCCAUGAAGUACGCUGUGGACCAAGGCAUCAGCAGUUUCGGCACCGGAAAACAAGUGGUGCUUUUUUAAAGGACAGAAAAUAGGAUUAGACUUGUGUCACCAUUGAUUGUAUCACCACUGAAUAUAUAUUUCCACUCUCUCUCCUGUUCUUGUUCGUUUCGAUUUUCUUCCUUUGCUCUUUUUUCUCCGUCGUCUUUUUUUUCUCUUCUUUUUUAUCCUUCCGUUGUCGGUAUAUCUUGUAGUGGCCGGGCCGACUGUUUGAUCUUGUGCCUUUUUUUUUUUCCUUUCUCUCUUGGACAUUGUUGUCUUCCUGUGUAUAUAUCCAUUUUAUCGCUGAUUAUCAUCUGUCACAUAGUUUGUAUUUUCUGUCCCCCUUUUUCUAUUACCAAUGUCGUUGCAUAUCGUCGCUCCGUGUCCUCAAAAGCCAUCAUCGGUUCAUUGCUUUCACUGGCAAGCUGUCAACGAACCGACCACCAAUGACACUCAGUUAAAUAACCUGGAAGACGCUUGUCGGGAAUUGCAGCAGAUUUUAGCUUCGCAUCAUCAGUUCAUGUUCCCUCAUCAGGGAAUGCAAUCAAAAUCCGACAGUCAACUCAUUGCGCGCACGGCCAAUCCUUUGCCUCACGACUCGAGCUUCAUACCUUUGCAUCAGGCUGUUGCUGAGCUUCAAGUCUCUGAUGAUGAUAUCAGCCCCCAAGCUCUUGCCAAGCCUUUGAGCGGUUGGUGAAGGGUGUCACGCACAAAAAACCAUAUACGUACUCCACAGCAUCGAUUGCUUCUUGUCUAUUAACGUUCUUUUUUUUUCGUAUACAUGUUCAUUCCAUCUUUGAUGUAAAUAUCCCCUUUGUUUUUCCGUACUUGAUUACUUGUUUUUCUAUUUCUUUCUUUUGAUGUUGUUAUUUUCUUUGUCUUCUUUUUAUUUUCUUUUAUCCUUGCACCCUCUUAUUUGAAAUACAUUUGCCCUUUCCUUUUUUUUCUUCUCUUUUCAUCCUUUU